AUGCCUCUAUCAUUGAAUUUGCGUCUACGCUACGCCACCAAGUAUUUCUUCGGUGCUCGCAGACGGAAAAUUGCGCACUGUUUGAAACCGGGUGCAGAUAGACCUCCACCCAGGGUGCUUCCGACGGGUUUUUUGGGAGCUGCUUUCUCACCAGUGAAGGCCGAUAUUAAUGGCAAUGUUGUCAAAGUUCGUACCCGAUUUGAAAAGGAUCGAAUAGGUCAGCGCUACUUACAAGAUUUGAUUGAUAACGAUCUGAAGGAUCACGGUGGAAAUUUGGGAAUAGCCACAGAAGGUCUUUUGUGGUUGAAAAGAGGGCUUGAGUUUAUGCUGGAAAUGCUCACAUUGAUGGUGCAAGAGUACAGAUCUACAGCGGACAAAAGUAAAACGGAAAAUCUGGUCGGUGUCAUCAAUAGGGCGUACGAGAAAUCACUCAAACGACAUCAUGGGUUUAUGUCAAAGCAACUAUUCAAGCUAGUCAUUCAUGCUGCUCCCUAUCGCAGAACCAUACUGAAAGCCGUCGCUCUCGGAAAAGAUGGUUUAGACGACGUGUGCAUCGAGCUCAUAGCAAGUCAUUUAGAUAAUUUUCGUAUCAAUGUUGAUGUAUUAGUUAACUACUACCUUCUUAAAAAGCUUGAAACUCCUGCUUGCUAA